UGGUGAUGUAAUGUUUAUUUGCACAUAUGGGGAAAGGAAGUAAAUGGGAUUUUUUGUAUUGCAGAUAUUUGCCUGUAAAGCAUCUCUGAUCACUCGAGUGUUGCACCCAACUUGCCUGAACGAAUAGAUGAUAUCAGGAUGACUGAAAGCGAUGAGAAAAUAUUAACUAUUCUUUCAUGGAACGUGAACGGGUUCCACCGCAAAAAGUCUGAGGUCCUUCAUCAGUUGAAUGUUUUCCAGGCAGAUGUGGUAUUUCUCCAAGAAACUCAUGUGGGUCCAGAUAGAGUCUAUUCCACAGGAUGCAUCAAGAUUGAGUCUUUGGAGGGAGAUUACGCCAUGACGGCGUUCACUGUCUUCAAAGGAAGCGCACGCGGAGUGGCCGUUCUGUUUAAAAAGAACCUGGAAUUUGGUGGUUUUAAAGUUGAUAGCGAUAGCAAGGGAAGAUACAUAAUAAUCUCAUGUCAAAUUUGGGGGCGUGAUUUUGUAUUUAUCAAUGUAUAUAACUCAAACGAUGAAAAAAUUAAGUUUACUGAAUUCACACAUUUGUCUACCCAAAUCCCACCAUCGGCCUAUCUCGUGAUCGGUGGUGAUUUUAACACCGUAAUGGAUUCGGAUCUUGACAGAACGUCACAUUUACGAAACCGGAGUCAUGAAAAGACGCUCAAUGCUCUCCAACGAUUUUUAGAUACUUUUAACUUGGUAGAUGUUUGGAGGUGUGUUUACCCCGAGGUUAAAAGCUUCACAUUUUUUGAUGCGAAAGGCCAAUCUAGACUCGACUACUUUUUUGUACAAAGUCACAUGUUAGCAAGAGUUACUGGAUGUAGUAUUCACGAAAGACCGCAACAUUUAGAUAAAGAAGAUUACAUUUCCGAUCACGCGCCAUUAUCUAUUCAGAUUCAGACAAAUGGCCCAAAAUGGCAGCCGGGUGUUUUUCUCCUUAAAGACAAGGCAUGUAUGGAAAGGUUGUCAUGCAUAAUAAAGACAAUUUCAAGAAUAAAGACCGAAACGAGGAAAGGAAGUCUAUGGCCAGGAUUGAAGGUCCGACUUCUAUGUGAGGCAAUAGCUUUUCAAAAUGAAAGCUCAAGAGAGAGGAUGCAAAUCUGUGAACGUCCUCGCGGGGUGGAACAUGUGGACUGGGAAGGCAAGUGAAGUCUUUUAAGGUUUCUCUACGGUCUGCUCUCAUUUGCAUGUAUGAAAAUCAUUAAUGCGGCAUCGUUACUUUUUAGGGUUUAGAGACGAGACUCUACAUACAGCAAAUCCUUUCUCCACACACCAGAGUCUUAAGAGCUUUCUGGAUCAUUUGCACCAGACAGAAAGAUUCGAAGACUUAAAAUCAGCACUCAACUCUGUUCUAACCGAACCCAUUUCCAGAAAAGAGAUUUUGGUUGCUAUACUCUCCCUUCCUGAAAGUGAACGCUUAACUACAGGUGGACUAACAGUGCAGUUCUAUAAGCACUAUGCGAGUAAAAUCACAGAGCUUUUACAAGCAUUUUUCAAUCAAAUACUUGACUUCAAACCAAUUAAAGGUGUGGCUGUUGAAUCGCUGGGCCAGAGAAAUUACGAUCAUACCUACAGCCAUCGUGUUCAGUAUCACUGUAGUCCUAUUACAGUGAUUGAUACUGAUUAUAAGAUUUUGGCUUCAGUUCUAGCAGAAAGGUUGAAAAGUGUUAUUGAACAUGUUUUAAAUCCAGGUGUAGGUAAACCACAAACGUCUAUUCAGGACAGCAUUAGUGUUCUUCAAAGUGAAACUGCUGAUAAAAUGCUGAUUGUUUCGAUAGGAGUAGAUGCAGGUGCAUUGAAGUUGUCCUAUUUGUUUUACAGCCUGAAGUUUGUAAACCUGCCUGACAGGUUCACAUCAGUGUUGAAGCUGUUGGUGACCGAGGGAGAUGUAAACAUGCACGGUGAAUCAUAUUCACUGCAAUCUCCACUGCAAGGUCUAAAAGUGGGAUGUCCACUGACUCCUUUACUAAUAAGCAUUUGUCUUCUCCCUCUGAUUCACUCUGUUAAUACUGAGAAAAAGCUUUUGGGACCUAAUAUCCAAGUGGGGAUCCCAAAGUCGGUAAUUGACAAAGACAACGCCAUCAUUUUCCUUCCCAAUACCAGUGAAGCUUUGGAAAGUUUGGAAAAGACGCUGCUAGAUUUUACAGAGACGUCUGGGUUAAUAAUAGAUAGGAGAUACUCAGUUUAGGCACUUAAACUUCAGUUGUUUAAGAGAAUAUAGAUGAUGGAAUUACUUGAGAUGUUUUGACCAAUUAUUUAUCAUGUUAGUUAUCAUAGUGAUUGUUUCGCUACAGGAGGAGUUUAUAAAUCAAACAGCCAUCUGAUAAAGGCAAAGUAUUAAUAUAACGUUUUGGCAUAAUGUACUUCAUUUAUAGUUUUUAAAAAAUGUGUUUUACUUUUUCUGCAUACAUUCCGUUAUACUGUACAUUUAAAUAAUUAGUUUCAGGUUU